AUGCCUGUGACUACCCGCCCCGCCUCCGCAGGCGUCGCGCAAUUGGAAGAAUGGGCCUCCAAUCUCCACACGGGCGGCUUCCGGGCCGGGGCGCUCGUUGCAUGCUUGUGCGGCAAGAUGGGCACGCCUUCCUUCUGCCUCUGUACACAACCCUCUUCCGACGUCUACAUUGAUCACACGAGUCUGGCCGCGUUGGCCUACGCCGUGUUGGCUUCAUCCCUGCUGGUGAACAUUGACUAUGGAGACUACACGCUGCAGUUGAAUCACACGAGUCUGGCUGGAUUCACCUGCGCCGUGUUGGCUUCAUCCCUGCCGUUGAACAUUGACUAUGGAGACUACACGCUGUAG